AUGGUUUUCUCCCUCCUGCUGUCCAACAACUAUCCUUCAUUCUGGAACGUCGACGUGGGCCAAAGCCAUGGUGUGGCCGAGAUUCCUCCCCAGCCUUGGGGGAGAAAGAUCUUCCUUCGCAUAAGGCCACAGAGAGACCGCAAUGUGAUCGAUGAAGAUGGAAGGGCCUGGUAUGACGAUUCCAACUUGGCCAUGUCCGCUUGGCCUAGCAUCUUGAUUGCAUCUAUGACCGGGGUGACGGCCCUGGUUUCACCCAGCCACAGUUGUGUUCAGAAUGACGGCCCUGGCCAUGGCCAGAGCGACGGCCUUGAUCGCGAACUGGUCUCACUCGUGGCCAGAGUGACAUCCGCACCCAUGGUUGGAAUGACGGCCCUGAUUUUAGCCGGCUGCACCCAUGUCCCGAGUGGCGGGCCUGGCCAUGUCUGCAAUGACGGCCAUGAUUGUGACCCGGUCUUACCCAUGUCCAGAGUGACGGCUCUACCUUCGGUCGCGGCUAGUGAAACCGUAGGAGGUGAAGGGACCGCCUAG